UCGGAUUUUGUCGAGCUGAUAGCUUACAUGAAAAAGGACAAUAUUUGACUUUUUCUGUACGCUGGACCAUUCUAGUCCCAGAUUUCAAAUUUGAACUCGCAGAAGAAUAUCUGAGGAAAAAUUUUCAUUUCCUGAAUCUUCAGAGCGGGUGGGAAGAUAAUCUACGAUCCUUUGCCAAUAGAACAAUAAUCUAGCGUCAAAGUCUCAAAGAAUCGACACAGAAGCUAUGCCUUCAGGUGCUAAGAAGCGAAAAGCUGCCAAGAAAAGGAAGGGUUUGCAAGUUAAGGUGGCGCCCAACUCCACACAACCUCAUACUCAUGGGGAAGAAGAAUUAGACCAUACUUGUGACAAGGAUAGCGAUGGUGGGGAUGCUAGUUCCCCUGCAUCUCAAGAUUAUCAUAACUGCAAUGAGUUAAUGGAUCAGGAGGAAGAAGUAGAUAAGCAAGACGAUGAUGGCUCACAUAACCACUCAUCAACGGUUCAUGAGCACAAGCCUGACAAUGUGACAAAUGAAGGUGACAGAAUGGAGACACCAACUAUAGAAGAAGGAAGUGAUCAUCAUGCAAGGAGGGAAUUCAAUUUUGAUGAGUCCCAUCCUGCCAAUAAGGAAAAUAUUGUGGUAGUUGGUUUAGAGAAACAAAUGGAUUAUAUAUCUGCUGGUAAAGGAAAUGAUGCGAUAGGGACAGUGUUUACUUAUGACUUGGACAAGGCUUCAAUUUUUAAAAAUGAAGCAGACAUUAAAAAGAAUGAUGGAUUUGGGGUGGUGGAAAACAUGGAGGAAAAUGCGGGAGGAGUUCAUAAGGAUGAUUCUCUAUCAGAAGGUUUAGUGAAAAUGGAGUUGAGCAACAAGGAGGAUGAAGUUGUUCAGACAUCCCUUAAGGGUGAUGCGGAAGCAUUAAUGGAUUUUGCAAUUCAAAUAAAUGGGGAGAAAGUAACUCCGUCAGUUUAUUGUUGUGGAGACAGUGGGACAGGACAAAGGGAGGAUGAAGCUGUCCGAAUAUUGCUUCAGGACAAAGUUAGACUGUCAAAACCAGAGGACUAUGCCGCCACUGAUGAAGAGGGUGGAUAUAUACUAACUCUGUCAUACAAUGCUCCCAAAAUUGAAGCUGAUCCAUUUAAAGAUUCUAAGCUUUCAGAGUUAUCGGAUAGUCAGGCUCAAAAUGGUUUGUAUGUACGACCAGUGCAAACAUCUUGGAAGGGUUGCUGUGGCUUGCUUGACUUGUUCAAAGGAUCCGAUAGAUAAUUUCAGGAGCGUGAAAUGAGCUGAGUAAAUGGACUAGAGGAGCAUGAUGAUUCAGAAAUGUUGCAUUGAACUUAUAAUGUCUAGAGUAGCGUAGAUAGAAAACACAUGAAAGAAUAACUACUAUUACUACUACUAGCAAGAGAGGAUGAUGUUAUAUAAACUAUAUAGCAGCCAGUUCAAGUGAUUUUUGUGUAUUUUUUUUUUUGCCAAGAAACUCAGAACUAGUUGCUUAUGUGUUGCUAUCUGGAGUAAAUCUUGCAGCCAAUUUACCUUAUGGUCAAAACUUUUGUUAUGAAUUGUGUGUUGCAUCCAUGAUCCAUAGAUGUAGAGAAUAUGAUGGUUCUAUGGGGGCACUUGAAAUUUCAAGGUUUUGUUC